AUGGCAUCCGGGGAUGAUCAAUACCAUCCAAAGGAUGCGCUCAAGGAGGCCGCUACUGCCUCAAUGAUUACAGGAUCUGCGGGCGCCUUUAUCUCCGCAGUCCAGAAUACCUUGACCAAGAGAAACCACGGACCUUGGGGUGUCUUCACACGAACCGGAAGCACAAUCGUAGUUUUCACUAUUAUGGGCGGAGCCUACGAGUUCACAAAAAACGCAGCCGCCAAUCUACGAGAGAAAGACGAUAGCUUGAACCCUGCUCUUGGAGGACUCUUUGCAGGUGCUGUGAUGGGAUUGAAGCGUGGCACAACUCCUUCGGUCUUGGGAUUCGGUGCUUUAACAGCAGUUGUUAUGGGAACAUACCAUUACACGGGUGCAGCUCUUACGGGAUAUAAGAAGGAUAAAGAGAUUGACGAGUUUGAGCGGAAACAAUUUUUGAGGAAGAAUCGUCGCGUCCCGAUCGAACAGACCGUAGCAGAAUUAGGGGAAGGGAGAGGCAUAUAUCCUCCCGGAUAUGAUGAGAGGAGGAAGGAGAGAAUCAAGGAGAACUAUGGCAUCGAUGUACCAGCGAAGUCAACUCACUCAUAA